CGUUCGUAGGAGCAAAAAAAGCCGCAGAUGAUGUUCGACGAGGUGGGGCUUUGCUUUUCAGGCCGGGAAUAUAUAAAUCGCAGGUAGGGCUGAAAUUCAAGUUAGUGCGGAUACGAUCUGAGACUAUAUCGGCAACCUGCGGGGACAAACCAUGCGGAAUUUACCAUUGCUCGCGAUUUUCUUCGCGGUGAUAAUUGGAACGGCAGUAUCGAAACCACUAUGGUCGACUUUAGUCGACACGAAUUACCUGUAUUCGACACCUGAAAUCAACGCACAUCCGCAAUAUCUCGCCGCGUAUCAAAAUACGCAUUCUCCCUAUUACGUUUACAAUAUUUAUUCGAACGCGGGAGGCAUACCAAACACUCUUCAUGUAAGCAGCAAACCAGAAAUUUCUCACAUCCCUGCUUACAGCUUUUAUUAUGGAACGCCGAUUUAUGAUAUCAGGAUUCCUUUAAAUCCGGUUUAUCCCGUGCUAACACCAUCGCAUCCAGGAAUUUCUCCGAUACUUCCGCCGACAUCGACAGAACAGUCUUUCGAGGACGAUUACGACAGCAUUGAGAAGUUAGAUACGAAAGUUGAUCCGAACACAGAGGCGAAAAAACCGGAAAAUAGCGAGCAAGAUGAUGAUUCUAUAACUGUAGAAGCGGUAUAAGAUAAUAUUCCUCGUUACAUGCACAACGUAGCAUACAAAUGAAAGUUAAUUAUAGUACGAUAAACGUUCGCUCUUUUAGAGUUACUUUUAUAAUUAUAUUUAUACAUCCGGGAUGCGUUAAAAAAAAUUCUUUUAGACCAAAUUUUUAUGAAUAGAAAAAAA